AAGGUAAAGUAUAAGGGAUGUUGAUGCAGAUCAUGGUGAAACGGUUCCGAUACAGAACUACACCGAACAUCAUACUGAAUACUAUUAAUUUUGCAAUCUUCAUGAAGACACUCGUACAUGAAACCAUCAGUAUAGAUUUCACAAGCUCCACACUGAAGAUUACUAUCUUCAUUAAUAGGUGUCGGCAAUGAAAGAGUGAGUUUAUGGUUGUGCAAUAAAUGUCGCUUCUUCCGAGGAAGAUUAGCACAGGCUUCGUGAAGGAUGAAAUCACAUUCCACGCAUCGGUAGCAUGGAUCACCGUUGAUAGCAAGAAUGCAACACCGACAUCGCAUGUGAGCAUCAUCCGUAACAUAAUUCUCAUCCAAUCUGAGAACAUGCUCUUCAUGACUAAAAUGAACGAUAUCUCCAUUUUCAUUAAUUACCUUGAAUGGAUCUUCGAUUUCUUCUUCUUCUUCGGGAACAUCUUCGAGCUCUAACCCAUCCCACACUUCUUUUCUUGUUGCACAUCUUGAAUGAACGGCAUAACUAGGACAACGAGAGCAUUUAUAACCUCCAUAGACCCAAUUAAUCGUCUUCCGACAAACUCCACACUCCCAAUUAUCUCCUUCUCUUUCACCGAGAUGAAAAGUAUGAGAUAUGCGAUGGUCAUGACGAUUUAUGCUUAUGACUCGCGGUAGAUCCUCAAUACAAUCUUUGUGGACCAUCAGAUUGCAUUCAAGACAUACAUAAGGAUUGCGGUCGUCUUCCACACCACAAGCAUUACAAGUAAAGGUGACUAGCCUUAACAAGAGGGUGAGACUAUGCUUAUGGUGCU